UUUUUGGUAUUCUAAAACAAUUGAAACAUUUAUGGAAACAGAGAACUUGCAAUUUCAUUUCUGCCAUGUUAGGCCGGCAGAAUACAAACAUUUAAGCAAUAUAUUGUAGUACAUUACACAGAUGCACAAAAAUACUUGUUAUAUUUUAAAUAAAAAAUUCAUUUUUAUGUGAUUUUUACAUUCUAAAUGGAUUUAAAGUUAGUAAUGUGGCAGUAUGACACAAUUUACGUUGCUGAAAGCCUUUAGAGUGGUUGCACAGAAACAGACUACGCCCUUCAGACUUUUUGACACUCUUGGUAAGGAUGUGUGAAAAGCUUUAAAAUAAAUAUCUUGUUUUUUCUACUAGCAUAAUUUCACACACACUAAAAAGAAGAAAUCCUUUAAUCAGAAUAUAUUUGUUCAGUGGGGAUAGAACCAAAAAUCAUGUGUUGAGAAAUUACAAAAAUGCAAUGAAAAAAUAAGCUAAUCGAAACUAUUGUGUUUGAUUUAUUAAUUGCUAAUUUUAUGAAAUGAAGUAUUUAGGAUUUUUUUGUAAGUUAUUAACAUAUUAGAUUAACUUUUAUUUAUUUAUUUAUGAUGGCUUUUUCUCCUGAUAUGACACUAGAUCCAAUUUCUCUCUUCGAAAUGUGAAAGUCAGGAAAAGAUAACAUCAGAGUUUAUUGUCACUCAUGCUAAAACUAAGUAUGUUUGUUUUUUCAGUACAGCAGCCAAAAUUCACUUACAUCAAAAUGAAGAAGAAUUCAAUAUUUAAAUGCCAUGGGGGUCUUAACCAACUAGGUGGAAUGUUUGUUAAUGGCCGCCCGCUUCCGGAAGUUAUCCGGCAACGCAUCGUAGACAUGGCCCACCAGGGGGUCCGACCCUGCGACAUAUCCCGGCAGCUCCGGGUCAGCCACGGCUGCGUCAGCAAGAUCCUGGGACGAUAUUAUGAAACAGGCAGCAUCAAACCGGGGGUAAUCGGUGGCUCUAAACCCAAGGUGGCCACCCCGAAGGUUGUGGAGAAGAUCGCAGAGUACAAGAGGCAAAAUCCCACCAUGUUUGCCUGGGAAAUCAGAGAUCGACUGCUGGCGGAAGGGGUGUGUGACAGCGACACGGUGCCCAGUGUGAGCUCCAUUAACAGAAUAAUUCGAACUAAAGUUCAACAACCUUUUAAUCUCCCACUGGAUGGAAAAGGUCUGAGUCCAGGACAUACCUUAAUUCCAAGCUCCGCCGUCACCCCUCCAGAGUCGCCUCAGUCAGACUCUUUGGGCUCCACUUACUCCAUCAACGGCUUGUUAGGAAUCCCCCCACCAAAUACAGACGGCAAGAGGAGCCAUGAUGACAAUCCAGGUGACCAGGAGAGCUGUCGGCACAGUGUGGACUCCCAGGGCAGCGCAGGCGUCCCGAGAAAACAGAUGAGAGUGGAGCACUUCUCCACAGCCGCACAACAUCUGGACUGUGGGUUUGAUCGUCACCACUACCCGUCGGAUUCCUUCAGCUCCACCUCAAGCAGCAAGGCAGAGCAGGUAACUUUGUACCCGCUGUCGCUCAUCAACGGCAGUCUGGACGAGGCCAAGACCAGCCUCUCAUCAAGCAGCUCUGUCAUUGGUCGAAAUCUGUCAGCACACCCAAGCUACACUGUAGUAACCGAGCCCCUUCAGACUCUGCCGCUCUGUCUGAAGCAGGAAAUGUCCCCAGAAGUGACCAGUACAAGCCCCUCACCAAAUAUGGUGGCAUCCACCCUGGCGUACGUGGAGCUGCAGGCGCUGCAGAAACCUGUUUCUGUCAGCAGCAGCUGCAACGGCACCAGCAGCAGCAGCAGCUCCAACUCAUAUCCCAAUGCCUUCAACUCAUUUUCGCAUCAUGCACCGAUGUACGGGCAGUUCAGCAGUCAGUCUAUUAUGUCAGGGCGUGACAUGGUGAGCUCCACCCUGCCAGGUUACCCACCUCACAUCCCCUCCCCGGCCCAGACAGGAUACUCCUCCUCUGCUAUCACAGGAAUGGUCGCAGCAGGUGCAGACUACUCGGGUCAGUCCUACGGCCAUUCGCCCUACACCUCCUACAGUGAAGCCUGGAGGUUCACCAACUCCAGCAUAUUGGGCUCCCCCUACUACUACAGCUCGGCCUCCCGCACAGGUCCCCCCUCUGCAGCCGCCGCCUAUGACCACCUCUAGUCCCACGCAGCUGCAAGCCAAGACUCUUUGAAAUCAGACUGAGAAACGUAGCUAAAGUGGACAGAUGUGAUCCCGGACCAUGAGAGGCAAAUCUGGAAACUCUGCUGGAGGAAUAAUUGUUUCUCGUACCCUUUUUAUGGUCUACAACCUCUAAUUUUAUUUAUUCGUCAUGACUGAUGCCACCAUGCAGGGUGACUGAUUCAUGUUUACACACCCUUUCUGGGAAUGUUUUCAGCUCGACUGUGCAUUCAUUUCAGUUGAAAUCUCUUUAAAGCUGUUUUUUGGCCAAAGACUUUUUCUUUUCUGGCACAUGUACAACUUGAUUCAGCAGUGCAAGUUUAUUGCUCGGUGAUAUGCAACCUCCGCGAACUAAACUAUGCCUGAUUUGUUUACAUUGUGGAUGUGUUCUUCCUCUUUUUUUUAACUGGUAAAGUUAAAUCCAGUGUCCUGCUUGUGGAUUCUCUGUAUAGACAAACACUCUGAAUCAGAAUUAGAGCAAAAAUAUCGACUUUAAAAACAUAAUGUCCGUCAUAGAAAAUUCAAGGAUCUCUCCAGCGAUGUGUACAUAGUGUAAAUGAUGAAUUACCUAUGGGGAGGUGAUUUUGCUCUGCGAAUAAAUAAUGAUCUGGGAGGGAUGUAAACAAUAAGGCUGGAAACACAUUUGUUUUUGCUUCAACUGGUUUCAAGUUUGUUGUCAUGCUGAUGUUCUGAUGUUUGGUAAAAAUGGUGACUAUUUUUUCUUAUACUGUUAUUAAUAUUAUUGCAGAUGUAAAUAUUGAAUUUUUAAAGAAAUAUUUUAAUUAAA